AUGAAACCAGCUUACAAUGAGACAAACUACAGAGCCGCCUUACUGCCAUCAAACAAGUUGAAGAACAGAACCUUAUCUGUCGUUGCAGUUGACAAGUUCAGGGCGUACCUUCGAUCAUAUACUGACUGUAGAACGGACUACAUAAAUGCCGUGUCAGUGCCAUCCUAUACAUCCAAAACUGGGUACAUCGUCACACAGACUCCUCUGGAGGACACCGUGGUGGAUUUUUUGACGAUGAUAAUGGAGCACAACUGUCAAACAAUUGUCAUCAUCGAUCCGGACGACAUUGACUGGCUUCCAGGGGAAGGUGAAGAUAAAUCCAUCGGGAAUUUUACGUUGGAACACAAAGGAAAGUCUUCAACAAUAGCAAAUGUCGCUUUGCUAGAAAUCGCAAUAGAAAACACGGAGUCUGAAAAGGCAUAG